CCCAUCUCCAAUUUCAGAUCAUCACACUUGCCUUUUUCCCAUUUCGUCAAUCGCGGCAUUCAAUCAAAAGCAACCUUUGUUUAGUUACAUGGAAAUCGGGUCUUUCACAUUUCUUUCUCCUGAAGAUUUUUCUUUUAACAACAACUACAACAGCGAUUUCUCUUGGUUUCUGGAUAUGGAAACUGGGUUCAACGGAAACACCAAGAAGAGGAGUAGAAAGGACUUUGAGGAAUCUCUUGUCAGCGAAAAGAGUGGGUUUGGUGAUAUACUUUCCUCGAUUUUGAUGUUGGAUGAGGAAGCAAAGCAAGAGCAGUAUCAAUGGGUGACUAACUCUGAUCAAGAUAGAGCUUUCUUCCAAGCCAAUUACAAUGGAAAUGUUCAGGAAAUGAAUGGGUAUUUUGAAAACCAGUUUUCUGAAAUGAACCAGUUGGAUAAUUCCAGUAACAAACGCGCCCGCAAAUCUGGUUCACCCGCUGCGGCUGCGACGGUUUCAGCCGGGUCCGAUAAUGUGGGUCCAUCGCAAUCGGGCAGCGGAUCCGGACAGCAAAGGCGGUUAUGGGUUAAAGACCGAUCCAAGGACUGGUGGACUAAGUGUAACCACCCAGAUUUCCCCGAUGAGGAGUUUAAACGCGCUUUCCGUAUGAGCAAAGCCACAUUCAAUAUGGUCUGCGAGGAGCUCGAACCUGCAGUUAUGAAAAAGAACACUAUGCUUCGAGAUGCGAUCCCAGUUCGUCAGCGCGUGGCGGUUUGUAUUUGGAGGUUGGCCACGGGUGAACCGCUUCGGAUGGUAUCGAAGCGCUUCGGGUUGGGGAUUUCAACUUGUCAUAAGCUGGUUCUAGAGGUUUGUGCCGCAAUUAAAACUGUUUUAAUGCCCAAAUUCGUUCAAUGGCCUGACGAAAGCAAAAUGAAGAGUAUCAAACAAGCAUUCGAGUCCGCCGCUGGGAUCCCCAACGUGGGCGGUUCAAUGUACACUACUCACGUUCCCAUCAUUGCACCAAAAGUCAGCGUCGCAGCGUAUUUCAACAAAAAACACACGGAGAGGAACCAGAAAAAUUCAUAUUCCAUUACCCUUCAAGGCGUUGUCGACCAAACCGGAGCUUUCACCGACAUAUGUAUUGGGUGGCCCGGUUCGAUGUCCGAUGAUCAAAUUUUAGAGAAAUCAGCGUUUCACCAAAGAGCCACAAGGGGACAUUUGAAGGACGUUUGCGUCGUAGGCAACAAAGGGUACCCAUUAAUGGACUGGGUUUUGGUUCCUUACAGCCACCAAAACCUCACUUGGGCUCAACAUGCUUUCAAUGAGAAAAUCGGGGAGAUUGAAAAGGUGGCCAAGGAGGCAUUCGCGAGGCUGAAAGGGCGGUGGUCGUGUUUACAAAAGAGAACCGAGGUUAAGCUUCAAGAGUUGCCGAUCGUGCUUGGAGCUUGCUGCGUUUUGCAUAAUAUCUGUGAGAUGAGAAAUGAGGUGAUGGAUCCGGAGCUUAAAUUCGAGCUUUUCGACGAUGAGGUCAUCCCUGAUAAUAAUAUAAGGUCCAUGGCUUCCGCACAAGCUAGAGAUCACAUCGCUCACAAUUUGUUGCACCAUGGGCUUGGCGGCCGUGGUACAUCUUCCACUGCUUUUCUAUAGUAUUGAUUUAGGAAUCUUUUCUGUAGUUUGCUUGUUAUUCUUUUGGGGUAUGGCAAUAAAGAUUAUUCCUGAUUUAAUUUCCAU